GCGGGGCGAUAGCGGGCCUCUUCGUGAGGGCCUGAACGCGAAAGAAUCGCCUGUCACUGAGGAGAAGUUCCCUGAGGGCAGCCAUGAACGGCUCUCUUUGCCGCCUGCGAGCGGCUCUGUGGCGGUCGGCAGCGUCGCGGCCGCUGCUUUUUACCCCGCGGUAUCUGAGCCAAGGCGGGGCGGCGGGGGACGGGGCUGGCGGCGCAGGUCCUUCGGAGGAGGAGGUGGGGAGGCUGGUGCGCGCCCACCCGGUGGUGGUCUUCAUGAAGGGCACCCCGGCUCAGCCCCAGUGCGGUUUCAGCAACGCGGUGGUGCAGAUCCUGCGCUUGCACGGCGUCACCGACUACCACUCGUACGACGUCUUACAGGACCACAACCUACGACAAGGAAUUAAAAACUAUUCCAACUGGCCUACUAUCCCUCAAGUAUUUCUCAAUGGGGAAUUUGUGGGAGGAUGUGACAUACUUCUCCAGAUGCAUCAGAGUGGAGAUCUAGUGGAAGAACUGAAGAAACUGGGAAUUCGCUCGGCACUGUUGGAUUCGGAGAAAGACCAUGGCAAAAAAUAAACAAGCCUCUGUGACUUUAACAAAGACAGCUCUUGAUAACUUGUUACCAAAAAAGCCUUAUAUAAUUAGCUCAAAAAGGCAACUUUUUGAACUGACAAUGAGGUUUAUCACCAUUCACCAUAUCUUCUUGUCUGAGCGUGAAAAUGUUCUGUCAUGGAAUAUUUAAGUAUAACCACUGCACUGUAAAUCAGAUGCUUGGAGUCAAACAGCAUAAGACGCUCACUUCUGUUUUGUAUUGCUUUGUGUAUUUUUCUUGAGUCAGGAUUCAGGAAUCAUCCAUAGAAACUCCCCUCACCCUGUAUAGUCUUUGUAUCUUGCAAAUUGUGUUCUGUGUACAACCCAGGCAGAUAGUAUUUGGAUUUCUCUUGCAUCUAAGUGAAAGAAAAAGUAAAUAAUGAUGAUAUAAGUUCAAACUGGGCUUUUAAGUUUCCAAUCAGAUAAUAUAUAUGGAACGUAAUUCCAUUUGAUUCAUAUGGAGUAAAUACAUAAGACUUAUUUCUCAUGCUGAAAACAAAUACCACAGCCAUUUUUUCUAAUCCCGUUAGAGGGUUUUGGAGAACUCUAAAAAAUCUGGAUUAAAAAUGAGAAAGUAAUAGCCUUCUACCUCGUCCAAAAAGACUGCCUCAUUUAAUACACAUUGACCGUCAUCACGUCUGUGUGUGAACUUCUAAAACUAGCAGUGUGGUAGCUCCAAACAGGACAUGUAGGGAUGGGUUCUGGAAACACAAAUGCAGUUUCUCAUUGUUGUGACUCAUUUUACAAUAAGUGUACAAACCACUUGGGAUCCUGCCCUUGCAAGCCGUUACCGGGCAUUUAACCUUCAGAAGUGUUUGUCCCAAAGUUACAAAUUGUUGUAUUUUCUCAAGAUCAGAGGUGAUUUCUGCUUCAUUGAAGAUUACUAUGUCUUCAUAUAGAGAAAUAAGCAAGUAGAAUUCUUUCAUGUAAGAAGUAAAAUGGAGGCAGGGUGUUGGAAGCUCUUUUUGAAAAUAUCCAUAUAUCAGGCUUCUUAAUGUUUCAGCUUCUAAGCUGAAAAUUAUAUUUUAUGUUCAAGCAUAUACAUUGUGCUGUACACCUCUAGUCAUAGUCCAAUAAAUUAGGUUCUUCGAACUGUUUUAAUGUUCCGACAGUGUACACUAUUAGAUAUGAACAAAUUAUAUCUGAGAAACCAUGUUUACCUUGUGAUUUUAGCUAUUUUCCUUUCAAGAUAAAGGGCAUAUAUGAGGAAA